AUGGAACUGGUCCAAGAGGAUUUGAAAGAAGUUAGGCCUUUUUCCGUCGCUACUGAUGUGUCGAAUAAAGGAAACAAGAAGUUGUUCCCAGUUGCCGUUCAGUAUUUUACAGCAAAAUCUGGAAUGUGCCGAAAAAUUUUAGAUUUCUACGAAGAUCCAUUCGAAGACUCGCGAUCUAUAAAAAAUCACCUGUCCAAAGUAGAAGAGUAG